AUGGGGAAAUCUGAUAUUCCUUCUCGACCCAAACUUCGGCCGAGAGCGGCGGUUGCGUUGAAGUGGCCUAUUCUUCUCGGCACUCUACUCGUUUACAUCAUAUGCUGGAAAUGUCAUAAAUUCUCUUCUUUCAACCUUCAACAAACGCUGCUUUCUGUUCCCUCUGCCGAGCAUGUGCGCAACUGGAGCGCCUACUACACCUCGGAGGCGCAUUUUGUCGGCCAAGGUCUGAGCCAGGCGCGGUGGACUGAAGCUAGAUGGAAGGAAUUUGGCAUCACCGAUACUCAAAUUGCUUCCUACAAUACUCUGGUGCCAAAGCUCACAGGCCAUCAGCGGCUGGCUCUCCUUCGCGGAGAUGAAGUCCUUUAUGAAGCGCCCUUGAUAGACGAUGUCACCACCAAGGGACCUGCUGGAAACACCAGUUUCUUGCCUGCAUAUCUAGGUUUCUCGACCAAUGGCAACAUAUCAGCUUCGUAUGUCUUUUGCAACUUUGGCAGCGCAGAAGACUUCCAAGAUCUGAAACGAGCCAAUGUCGACGCCACAGGAAAGAUUGGCAUCAUCAAGCUGGCUAAUACAUCACCAUACUUGCGCCUUCGUAACCUAGAGGUCUUCAGAGGAGAGCAGUUGACAAAUGCCGGAAGAGCGGGCUUGAUUGCUGCCGUCUUCUAUACUGAUCCUCAGAAUGACGGCCCUGUGACUGAAGCCAAUGGAUACAAGGCAUUUCCUGCCGGGCCAGCACGACCACUUGCGGCCAUCGAAAGAGGGUCAGUUACUACAGGAAAUCGCUUUCGCAACCCCGAGUCUCCUAAGCUUCCUUGCAUACCCAUGUCUUACGCUGAUGCCAUUCACCUGCUAAGGGCUCUAAACGGCCAUGGACCUUCAGCAGAGGAGCUCGGUCCUCGCUGGCAUGGUGGUGGCCUCGAAUUCUACGGCGUACACUACAAUGUCGGACCUUCGCCUGCUGAUGUAUCGCUUCAUCUCGUCAACGAAGCAGACGCAAUCGAGACUCCGAUACACAACGUAAUUGGCACGAUCCCGGGGAUAAUCUCCGACGAGGUCGUUAUCCUUGGAACUCAUCGUGACUCUUGGGGCCACGGAGCAGGAGAUCCAGGCAGUGGCUCCGCAGCUCUGAACGAAGUUGUACGCAGCUUUGGCGUAGCACUUCGGCAUGGCUGGCGGCCACUUCGCACCAUUGUCUUUGCGAGCUUCGAAGGCGAAGAGAUUGGUCAAAUGGGCUCUUUCAACUGGAUCAUGGACCACUCAAAAUGGUUGAAAGCCUCUGUUGUUGCAUAUCUCAACGUUGUUGUUGCCGCGGCUGGGUCCAGGUUCCAGGCCAAAGCCAGUCCGCUUCUCUACAGGGCAGUUCUUACUGCCACGGAUAUUGUUACCUCGCCGAAUCAGACUGUGGCUGGUCAGUCGGUGCGAGAUGUCUGGGGAGGGACCAUUGGUACGCCGGGAGGCGGUGAUGCCAUCUCCUUUAUAGGCCUCCCGUGUAUUUCGACGGUUGAUUUCAGUUUCUCCCAGGGUAUAGGGGACGGUGCCUUCCCCUAUCAUACUGGAUUCGACAGCUUCGAAUGGAUGGACCAAGUCGGUGACCCUGGGUGGAAUUAUCAUAUUACUAGCGCAAAGAUAUGGUCUGUCAUGGCUGCAUAUCUUACAGAGUUUGCCGUACUUAACACGAGCGUUGCUGAUUAUGCAUCGGCGUUACAAAAGUGGAUGGAUGAACUUUGCAGCAGCAACCUAUGCUCUUCCGAAGUUGAUCUGACGGUGCGGGACAAGGCAGUCCAGCGACUAACUCGGGCCGCAAAGAGCUUUGAUAGCUACGCCGAAUCGUUAAGAGUGCCUCGCAAUACCUGGUGGAGAUUCUGGACAGGGAACGACUUGAACGCGGCAAUUCGUGGCGUCAAUAAGAUUUAUACUGUAUUUGAGCGUCAAUUCUCCCACGGGCGAAGCGCAGAUUCAUCCUCCAGCUUUCAUCAUGUUCUAUAUAGGCCAGCUGCUUGGCAUGCCGAACAACCACCUCUCUCAGCACUACAUGACAGUUUGAAGAAGAAGAAUUGGAAAGAUUCCAGGAAAUGGAGAGAUGUUAUGGCAGAAAAAAUUAAUGAUGCUGCCCAACUGCUAGAGGAUCACCUGGAAGAGGUAAACCAACAAUAA